UUUUGUGACAGAGUGACACUUUACUUGUCAUUAUGACAUUAUAUUUUGUAUUUUCCAAGGAGAAUUCGGUGACUUCCACGUCUCAUCAUCGAUAAACAAAAAGAAAUGUAAAUUAUUUACUUCUAAGACAGCAAGCAAUGGGGCUUUUAUAUUUUUUAAGUUAUUUUUCUCUUGCUUUACAAAUAUGUUUUGUAACAAUGGCAAUAGCUGCAGGGCUGUAUUAUUUAGCUGAAUUAGUGGAAGAGUAUUCAGUAUUUGCUAAAAAGUUUAUAUCGAGUAUGAUUGGCGCAACCUUUCUCCUAUAUAUUGCGUUUAUAUUUUUUGAAAAUCUGUCGUGGAAUAUGGUCUUUUGUGGGUUUGGUGCCCAGUUUUUUCAUUUCUGCAUAAUGAAGAAUUUCCCAAACAUUAGAUUUUUGUCUUUUUCAUUUUUUGGCGCUGUAAUAUUUUUGAUACUGAACCAUCUUCUUGCCUUUCAAUAUUUUACAACAAAUUUGUAUCCUUUUUCAGAGGUUUUGGGCUACUUUAUAAUUUGUUUAUGGUUGGUACCAUUCGCCUUAUUUAUUUCUCUCAGUGCUAAUGACAAUGUUUUACCAACUCUGAAUGAUCAUAUUUUGCAUAACGGUAAUCCCGAUGUGGUUUCAAAUUAUUUUUCUCGAAGGCAAAAAAAGCAGGGCUUAUUAUCUUUAUUUUUGUCUGCCAAAGAAGUUUUAGCAGGAGGUCAAAAGAACAAGGUUUCCCAAAACUCAACGUCGCCGUCGCACAUAGGGGUAUUUGCAAGUUUUACGCGGACAAAAUUAUUUUUCCGGUUUAUUUUCAUCGACAAGGCAAAAGCUUGUAUUUAGUAUUUAAUUAAAUAUUUUAACUGUUGAUUUCAAGGAAAAAAUUUUUAUUCCAAAACCAAUUUUUUA